CUCGAGCGCUCUCUCCACUCUCUUUCCAACGUCAAAUAUGGCGUCACUAUGUUCUCUGCGCAAAGAAGGUGAUGUUUUCAUCUGAAAGCAGCAAAACAAACAAAAUCCCCUUUUUUGUUUUCCUUCGCUUUGGCUCUAUUUACACUACCUUUAUCACUGGUUUGCUUGUUCUACUUCUUUUCUCUACAUUGAAUCUUGUUCUUUGUUUUGAUCAUCCACUAAUUUGUGGUGUAAUUUUUCCUUUCUGGGUUGUCAUCUUCUUUGCUUUAAUGUUCGUUUGAAGGCAAUAUUAAUGUUCUUUGGUGUUAAUUGGAGACCGGAUUGAAAAGUUUAGAGCAAUAUAUCAAUUGUUAAUUUCUAGACCCCUUUUCAUUCUUGUGGUAGUUUAAUUUUAUGUGCUUGUGGUAGCAUUUAACUCUGAAUCGGGGUGUUCUUGAUUGCAUUUGAAGUUGUUUUCAAGUUGUGCUUUAUUCAUGUUUACUCGUCUUUUUUUUUUUUUUUUUUUUCCAAUGGAUUUUGAUGAGUAACCCAUUGUUUGUUUCAGUUUUGUGAUCAAAGUGACAUGCUAUGACUUCUCUCUCAAUGAGAAGCAUUAUAUGUUCCCUUUUCCUAAGUGCUGUGACUUCUUGCAGAUUCUGAUUCGUUAAACUGCAAUUGCUAUGGAACCUCUGGUUCAAUCUACAAACUGUCUUGUUGCUACGGGGUCAGAAUCCAUUGCUGCAUCAAGUAGGAGGCCUAAUAGCAACCAGCGUUUCCUCCUUUACUUCAUCUUUAGUACCUACUUUCGGCCUCACCUGAAAGAGGAGUUCCCACAAAAGUCAGUUUUGCAAAGGGUAGCUGAGGGCCUGUCAGCAUAUACUUCAGAUCAACUAGCUGGUUCACACAUGAAAACAGUAGAAGUGGAGCGGGUGUACUAUUAUGCACUUCGGAAAGUGGAAAAAUCUCUUGCUGUGAAAUUACCUAUAUUGCACCAAUUCUUUCAUGGCAGUAUGCCUACCUCUGAAAAUGACCUCACUGCUGUUUACCCUCAGUUUCCUGAUCUCUUUCCUCCACAACUGCAUCCUCAUUCACGGUUCAAAAACAAGUAUAGAACCAUAGAAAACAUUAUAUUCAUUCAUGACCCAGAUACCUCUUACAUUAAGCCAGAAGAAAUUGAAAGGUUUAAGAGGCUAACUGGGCUCGAGAAUCUCCUAUUGGAUGGACAGGCUGCAAGAUGCCAUAUAUCUCUGGAUGACAAUACUUUAUAUAAUGUGCCAGUGCAGGAAGCUGAAUCCAUCAGAGACUUUCCUCUUGUCAAUCAUUCUCAUAGAUCUCGCAGAGCAAAACGUCCUGCUAGCACCUUGCAAUCUGUAGGGCAGCAUGUCCACGAUGUGGAUAAUGCUUUACCUCCACUACAGAGUUCUACAACUCUGCCAAUCAAAGAUGACACCAGAACUGUGGAUAAGGCCGAUCCAGGGAUAUUCUUUCUUCCUUCCUGCCCAAAUAACAAAGAGAGGGACCAAAUGAUGGCUGCUUCUAAAAGUGGAUUGGCACUGACUGGUAGUGCUGCUAUGGGGCAGGUUGGACCAAGUAUUGGACUUGUGGACAUUGGUGAAUGCGAGGAUGCAUAUAUGUUUCGCGUAUCUCUUCCUGGGGUGAAAAGAGAUUGGCAGGAAUUCAGUUGUGAAGUUGAAGAUGACGGUAAGGUUCUAAUAAAGGGUGUGACGACGACCGGUGAGAGUACUGUAUACAGGUUCUCGCAAACCUUCAAAAUGCAAUCAAAGAACCUUUGUUCACCAGGAGAGUUUUCUGUUGCAUUUCAACUGCCUGGUCCUGUUGAUCCUCAGCAGUUUAUUGGCAAGUUCGGCAUAGAUGGAAUUCUGGAGGGAAUUGUGAUGAAACAGAGACAUUGAGUUUAUGAGUUUUCCUUGUCGAUGACCUUGUAGUUUUCCUUGUUUCUCAAGCAUGCACUGCUUUAUAUGUUGGUUUAAAAAAUGUUAGUAGUGUUUUGAAUGCAUAGUUGAUGAAUUCAGGAAAAUGACCUCUGCUAAACUACGAGGGAUCUUCCAUAUUCCUGCUUGCUCUCUCUCAUCCCUCCCACUCCUCACCAUUUUUUCCCCUUCUGAUCAAUGAGAUAGAAGCUCAAAUAAUAUAUGACAAUCUCCCAUUCUCAA